UCUCAUUUCAUUAUUGAUUCUGAACUAUUUUGAAAAGGUAUAUCUUAUUCAAUAUGCGUUUUGUGACGGAUAUGAAUUAAUCUUAAAACGAUUUCAGUACUCGUCACAAUAACAGACAUAUGCUGCGGUCGUUACGAUAGCACAAUGAAACGUUUCGUUUUCAUCGAUCGUUAUCCUUUUGAUUAUGAGACUAGCAACAGUUGUUACGUAGAUAACCAAACACUACCAAUGUAUUUUGGGAAAAUUUGAAUAGCUGAAUUGAAUGUAUAAUUGAGCAUGUAAAUGCAUUAUUAGAAAACGAUAUCAAACUACAAAUACAAGGGGAAAAAAACACUUUUAAACCUGUUCACUUGUCAAAAUAAUAUGCUGGGUACAGUUACCUACGUUUUUGCUAAUUGUGAUCAGAACAAUGAGACUUCAAAUAUCGUUAAUUGUGCGACGUUUUAUGAAAGGUUGAUUUCAUAAAGUUCUAUAUAUUUAUAAUGAUUAACAUUUCGAAAGUAUUUGAAAUAUUGGUAUUUUGGGACUCUUUUUAAUGUUGGUUGAGAAAUUAUUUGGACAUAGAAUUAGAUAAAGACUACAGUGUCCUUUGUGAUCUUCAGACGGAACUGGUUACACACAAUGACAGUUUAUGCUGUUUAUCUUAUUGCAAAUAAUCAUCAAGGUCAUAGCAAAAUGACAAAAGGAAAAGGAUAGCUAUUCGUAAAAAAAGUGGCUCGAGUUCCUAGCGACAAUGGCAGAAUCAACAACAGUUUGCGAAACAGAAAGCAAGGGCUCUGAAGACGUUUUCGAAAUGUACUGCGAAGCUUGUCACAGAGAAGGACAGCAUGAAAUAGCCUGUGCAUUCUGUUCUGCAUGUGUGACCUACUUUUGCACAACUUGUUUGAAAUAUCACGGGAAGUUUUAUCCAGUUCACAAACCCUUGGAAGGAGAAAACAUGCCACAAGAUAUAUGUAUGGAAACAUGUAAGACACACACCAAAGAGAUUUUGAAAUAUUUUUGUACAACUUGCAAUAAAUUUGUUUGUUGUAUUUGUAAACCUGAGCUACACAAAGAGACUUGUAACAUGAAAUAUUUACCCGAUUAUGUUACGAACACUAAAGUUGCAGAGGAACUUAAAGGUUGUAAGACAUUCAAUGAUGAUAUUGCCAAACGUUUCUCAGAUUUCAAAAGAAAAAAAGAUAUUAAAUAUGAGAGUUUAUCUGCUUUUGCAACAGAAGCUAAAUCUUCGAUACAAAGUGCAAAUGAGUUAACAUUUGCACAAUUCAACGAGGAAAUUACAAAAGUAGACGACAAAAUACUUUCAGCAAAGACAAAAGAUAUGUUGAGCUUAGAUAAAGCGAAAGAAAAAAUUCAAUUGCUGCAAAGAGAAACCGACAGACUAUCGGAGAAAAUCGAAGCAAUAAAACAAUUACCAAAAGGUUGCAGGUACACGAUUUUUCUGGAAAUGAAACGGCUGGGCGAAGAUUUAACUAAAAUGAAUGAAAUCUUAAGAGAUUUAACAAAAGAAUUAUCAAAGUUAGACAAUGAUUUUGAAUGUGAAGUGAAAAAGAAAUCAAAUGAUUUGAGCAAAAGAGUUAAAGAGUUUGGACGAUGCAUCGCUACAGCUAAAAAACAUUUUGGCAAAGAGAGGGAAAAGACAGCGUGCUUUAUUGAGGAUAUAAAUGUCAAGGACAGUUUUGAUCAGAGAGACUAUUUUAUAUCCCAUUUAUGUGUACUGUCCGAACAAUAUCUUGUUAUGUCUGAUCAUAACAAUUGUUGUUUGAAAUUAGUCAAUUUAAAAAGCAAAAUGUUAUUUGAUCGCCUGUCUUUGAAAAGCAGCCCUGACGCUGUUACUAAGAUUUUAGACUCGGAGAUUGCCAUUGUGCGAUCAUAUGAAAAUGAUGAGAAUCGCAGUAUAAUUCAGUUUUUGAAACUGACAAAUGCUAAACAGCUCGUUUUCAAGAAACGUUAUAUACUGACAGGUAUGCGUUGCUCUGAUAUUGCGUGCAUUGGUGAGGAAAAGUUGUUAAUUGCCAUGACGGCUAAUUAUCAUGGCAAACUUCAGAUAAGGAACUUGACUGAACAAGGUAUUCAAACAAUUGAUAAGGAUGAUAAUGGAAAGUAUCUUUGUAACUGUCCCUGCCAUUUACAUGUUGAUAAAACAGAAAAGUCUUUUUACGUCACAGAUUGGUUACGGGACAAAUUUUACAAAGUGGACAUUGACACUUUAGAUAUAUAGCAGUAUUCGCCUCGCAUCUGGCAUCCUUUAGGAAUAACAACUGAUGAGGACGGCUUCAUUUAUGUCUGUGAAUCUGGAACUGGUAGUAUACAUGUUUAUCAUACCGAUGACACUAAAAAUACGGACAAAAAGGUUUUGUUGGAAUACAACGAGUAUGAACCACGCAAUGUACAUUUUUCCGUUUCGAUGUCCAAAUUGUACGUUAGUUUUAACGGUGCGAAUUGUAUAAAAGUAUACAAUGUAAUUAACUCCUAAAAGUAACAGUACGGACCCAAGAAUGGUUAACUAAUAAAGAAUGUUACAGUUAUCCGCUAAAGUAAAGUCUUUUUUUUCAGGAGCUCCAUUUAGUGCAAGAUUUACUGCCGUCAAUAAAAAACAAACAUAGAUUUCUUAAACAAUUUGUCGAUAUAAAACGUGAACGAAUGAAGUACAUUGGGAAUCAAUCGCAAGAGAUUUUCGCAGUUAAAACAUAAAGAAAAAGACAUAUUUAAGUGACUUCAUUGCUUUUUUAUCAAAAUAUGAGGCGGACAUUAUUGUGAAGAAAAGUGAAAAGGUAAUUAUUUGUGUUGGUGAUCGGUCUAGAGUUUUCACAAUAAAAGGGAGAUAAACGUUAUAUGAAACAUAAGAUUCAGUGCAGUGAGUAAUUUUCCUUGACAUUGUUAAUGGCUAAAUGUUGAUGACAGAAAUGAUGAUUUACUUCAAAUACAAUUUAAUAUUUUAAGUAGAUAUAAACUCACUUAAAAUAACCCCUUUUUGAUAGACAUACAUGUUGUAAAUAUUCGUGAUGAAAUGUUGUAUGUAUUCCUCCUCAUUUAUUUGUUUUGAUGUUUCUGAACCACAGCAGAAUCGGAAUGCCUUUAUGAUCAUAUCUCUUUUGCAUACUCCUUAAUAAUAACGCUUCUUCUGAUAAUAAAAAGAGGGGUAAUUGCACCUUGUUCUCCGUUAAUCUUUACCUGCGUGCGAAUAAUCAAUCAUUAACAAAGUGCAUACAUUCUUACAAAUAUAUUUUAAGCCAGUUAGCUCAUAAAGUGGUGUGUGUUUUUAUUCAGUUGUUAGCUUGUACUUACAAUAUUUUAUUCAAAAUCUCUAUAUAUAAAGAAUUACAUUCUAUUGAUGUUUUGAUCAAACACUUUCGAUUUUGAUUUGACCACUUUUGGUCGCGACCACGUUGUGAUUCGAUUUUCUAUUGUUCCAAUUGAAGGGAAAACCUAAAAUACGUGAAAUAUUCAACCUUCUCUAUGCAAAGUUCAUCUUAGUUGUUAUUUCAACUAUACAGGGAAUUAAAUGUAUUUCAUAAAAUAUUUCUCGCUUAAUAAUUUUUAUUAUGGUGUUUUUAUUCUUGAACGUAACAAUGCAGGGUUUCUCGUGAUUUUGAUUCCAGAACAGUGAAUCAUUUUAAACAUGAAAACCAAUUCAUUACAGCUUAAUUCUCAAAGAGAGACAAUCAAAUGAACGGAAUCAUAUUUUCUCUUUAAAGGGUUUUCUGAAGUAAAGGAAUGAAGCACUGUACAAAGUAAUGAAAGCAAUUCCGUCCUAAAAAAUUAAUGUAAAGAUGAAGGACUUCUUACAUGUAUUCGAUAAAACACAAAAAGGCGGGUUGCAGUUUUUCAUAUAAGUAUAGUACAUUAACUCAGCAAUUCGUUUCUUAUCUCUUUUUCUUCAUAAAUUUGUCAACUAAUCUACCUUUUUUGCCUCUUUUAUUUGUGUUAGCUAUAAUAAAUACAGCUUCAUGCUUUAUAAGUACUUUUGUACAGUUUGUUCUUUUUUACCCGUGUUUGUGUAGAAGGUCACUUGAUUUUAAAAACUUUAAUGAAAAGCAUUUUAUGAAGAGUACGUGCAACGUGAAUUUAAUGCUAGAAUUGAGUUUAAUGCAUCACAAUGUUAAUGCUUAUCCCGGAAAAAUAAA